AUGGCGCUCGCAUCCGGGUUCUUCCCGCGACCGUCGUACACCCCGGGUGCGUCCCAGUGCGCCCCCUUCUUCCUGGGCUUCGGCUUCGACGGCGAGUGCUGCGACCCGUCGUUUGCCGCCUACUACGACUACGAGGAGUACGCCCCAUCGGGCCAGUCGCCGCUCACGAGCUCCAAGGACUACACUUCGUCGAGCCCCCUGCAGUCGCCGGAGCCGGACUACACUCCGUCGAGCCCGGACUACGCUCCGGCGAGCCCCGCGUACACUCCAGCGAGCCCUUCGCCGUCGUUGGAGUACACUUCGUCGAGCCCUGUUCGGCUCGUUUUCAUGAUGCCGUCUCCUCCGCGCGGCGCGUCCCCAGACUACACGCCCCUGACGCCGUCAGAGCACGCUGCUUCAUCACCUUACUAUACUCCGUCGAGUCCUCCCGGUCCCGGGCGCGCUUCUUGGCCGGAUUACACGCCCAGCACGCCGCCUCCGUCCCCACUGGCGGUGUCUGACGCCGAGUCGUGCGCGUCGCCGUAUUACACACCGUCAACUCCUUCCAGGCGCGCCGAGUCGCCGGACUACACGCCCAGCACGCCGCCUCCAUCGCCCCUGGCGUCAGAAGCAGAGUCCUCCAUGUCUACAGCGGUCAAAAUUGUCAAAUUUGCCGUCUACAGCGCGCUGCCGCCACCAUCCGUACCAGAGAAGCGGCGCCAGUCGGAUCAGCCGUGGCGGACGUCAGCGAGCCCGGGGAUACUGACAUCCUGUAAUAAACUGUAA